GCAUUUCUCAUAUUAUUAUUAUUUUUUUUUCAAUUAAUUAAUAAUUCCCACAGUGUUUUCUCUCUCUCUCUCUCUCCGCCAAAUCCAAAACCCUAACGUGCUCUGCUCCUUACUAACGCCGUACUCAGCAGCAAAAGCUACAAAGACAGUGAUUUUCCUCAUAAUCCGUGUCAAAGCCUUUUGAGUGUUGAGAUUUUAACUUUUUUCUCACUCUUUUCUUUGAAUAUUGUUCCAAUUGAUUUGUCGGAAUGAAAGAAGGGAAAUCGGUGAAGUUCAAUCUUCAGCAGCAACACCAGAACGGUCACUUGUCUCCGUUCAAAUUGGCGAAGUUGUUGGAUCCGGAGGCCUCCUGGGACAAGGAUCAAUUGGGAGAUGUGUUGCACUGGAUUCGGCAAGUGGUGGCCCUUGUAUGUGGGUUGCUAUGGGGUGCUAUACCUUUGGUCGGGGGUAUAUGGCUGGUCGUAUUCCUUUUGAUAUCCUCUGGGAUUAUCUAUGGUUAUUAUGCGAUGAUACUAAAGAUUGAUGAAGAAGAUUUUGGUGGUCAUGGAGCUCUCCUCCAGGAGGGACUUUUUGCUUCCAUAACACUUUUUCUGCUUGCGUGGAUUCUUGUAUACAGCUUGGGACACUUCUGAUUGGCUAGCUACUACCGAUUCAGCUACCAUCUAUAUGUUGAUGUAUGAACAGUCUGACUUGAUUACGUAACUCACUGUUGCUUGUGUCCUGAAAAUUCUUUUAAGAAAAUUUAUUACUGACAUUUUUAUUUACUUUCUACUAUGGAUGGCAAUAUUUUAGUUUUGCUUUAUA